UGGUCACACCGAUUGCCACACGAAAGUCGAACAAAUAAAGGAAAACUAUUUUUGACAAAUGGGAGGAUCCAGCUACGAUGUGCUCAGGAAGCAGGCGCGGAGCCUGGAAAACGAGAUCGACCUGAAGCUGGUGGCAUUCAGCAAAAUCGGAGCUGGCAGUGGAGGAGGUGGAAGUGGAGGACUAGGAGGCGUUGACACAUCGCCGCUCCUGGGCGAGCACGUCUUCGAUUCGCUGUCGGAGGAGAUCGAGCAAAUGCUGGAGAAGCUAUCCUCGCUAAAUGAGUCCAUGUCCGAUUUGCCCGCCUCUGGAGCAGCCGCCAUGCACACACUGCAGAGGCAUCGAGAGAUCCUGCAGGGGUAUCGCCAGGAGUUCAAUAAGAUCUGCGCCAAUCACACAAUGCGAAUCGAGCGAGAGGAGCUGCUUCGUGGCUCAGGGUUGGCCACCAGCUCCGGCAGUCCAUCCAUCUCGGGCCUAAACCGGCGAGAAAUGUACCUGAAGGAGAGCGGGCACCUCAACAGCGCCAGUCACUUGGUCAACGAUCAGAUAAAUAUCGCGAUUGAGACGCGUGACCAUCUUCACGCCCAGCGACAAGCAUUCAAGCGGCUGCAGACCCGCUUUAACGAUAUCUCCAAUCGAUUCCCACUGAUUUCCAGUCUCAUUCAGCGCAUCAACAUUAAAAAGCGACGCGAUUCGCUGAUCCUGGGAGCAGUUAUUGGCUUCUGUGUGAUCUUGCUGCUGCUCUACGCCUUCAACUAGUGACCCGCCACCGCGAUUUGGCCAAAGAUAGAGCUUGCAUUAAACUCCAUUACAGACAAUUGAAUUUUAGUUUGUUUUUUCCGACGGUAUAUGUGUAUGAUUAACUUGUGAUAGCAAUAAAAUGUACUAUAUAAGAC